AUGGGUGAGGUGAUAGUAUACAAGACAGUGGAGACUAACCAGGGCAACGGUUACAGCGCCACAACGGGCAAGGUCACUGCUUCUGCAGAGGGGCUCUACUUGUUCUUUAUGCGCACGUGUACGAGUACAAAUAAUUAUGCUUAUCUCUAUAUAGUGAAGGAAGGCUCAGUCCUCAUGUCAAGUGUGCAGAUUGACCAGCAGUAUUACUCCUGUACUAGUAGUCAAGCUUUUGUACAUCUUGAUGUCGGGGAAACUGUCUGGGGCGAGCGUUUUCCGCGAACAGGUGCUCGCCAUGCAAGCGCCUUGUUGAACGCUGCGUUCUUGACGACCGUUUGCAAAAUGGCGGAUUUACUUACCGGUAUAUUGUUAGAGGAGCUGUCAGAUGCUGAUGACAUGCAGAUGGCAGAUGCUAUUUUGUCAAUGAGCGGAGAAAGAUCAAGAAUGACAAUUUCCACAGGUUGGGAAAUGAAAUGGAUGUUGUAG